CACUCCCGCACGCACCCCUCGAAAUCCGAAUCUUCCGCCCUACUCCCGUUCGGCCAGCACUAAUGCAGAGGACUGAAGAUGAAGGUGAUAGAACCGACCUUCGUCGUACUGAACUGAGCUUCGCCGGUGUGUCCCUGCUACGUGGGAGAAACAACAACGCAGAGAAAAGAGGGCUGAAAUCCUGUGUGGCACUGACUUUGAAAAACCGACGAAGGCUUGCUCCAACAACGAACGGCUUGCGCUGGUACAAGGUUGAACCCCUGUGUGGCGCAGAGAAGGAACGAGCGCAACCACCCCUCGCUUCUACGUGGAAACCAGUUUGAAGUUAUGGUGCGAAGUAGUUUGACAGAUCUUGGUGAAAGGGCUUUCGAAUUGCAAGUUCCUGUCCGUGAUCACUUCCCUACUCAAAUAUCACUAUGUUCAGAAUUGAAAGACGCUACAAAGUUGGUGAAAUCAGCUUUGUCUCCUCAGCAACUUGCUCAGUUUCGGAAUAUGCCGUGGGUCCAUCUUCUUGAUGUGCCAGACCUUCAGUUCUUUGCGCAAAUUGUCCAUAGCUUGUUGUUGAGGCUUGUGUGCAACCAGCCCAAAGAGGAACUAUGGUUUUAAUUUAUAUAAUGUUUGUACUUUGUAGCAUAAAAUUCUUAAAAAAGAGAUAGGCAACGACAAACAUUGAAGUGGAGAUAAAUACCUGCAAAAGCUGGACUGGAAAUCUUUACAAACGGUUUUGGUUCCUUUAAAUAUAAAAAAGAAGCAUUGGGUCUUUGCGGAAGUUUUGUUUGGGAGUAGACUGGUUAGAGUUUACGACUCGCUUAUGAUUUAUAGGACUCCAUUUUAUGCUAAGGAGUUGUGUGCGCGGCUGCCUUACCUAGUUCGUGCAAUGGGUUUGUGUGCGGAUGACAGUGAUUUGCAACCAUGGAAAGCAGAAGUUGCGGAUAUUGUGCCUCAACAAAAAGAAUCGUAUGAAAUUCAAUAUUAAUGUGGCGUGAUGGUCCAAUGUUAUAUUUUCAAUGUUGUACAAUGUUAGAUACUCAAUGUUGUACAAUAAUCUUCAACAAUUGGUUGCUAUAUUUUCAGCAUGUAUGACUUUUUGCAAAUAUUACAAUCAGAGUUGACCACUUAUUUAUGUGGAUAUUUUGUCUGUA